AAUGGGAGCAGCUAUUGCAGUAAGAAAUAGACAUUGGUGGUUCAGAGGAUUGUAUGAUGAUUAUAUUGGAAGAGAAACAAGACUUUCAUUUGGUUUAGCAGCAAUUAUUUGGAUUCCUCAUUAUGUGUAUGAAGGAUUAUAUCAAAUUUAGUUAUGGAGUUUAUUUGAAUAGAACAGUUGAAACAAAUACAUCCCAUAAGAUUUAUUCAAUGGAAGUUGGACCUUCAAGAAAUAGGUUAACACAUUCAAUGAUCUUUGAGUAAUUUGAAAUGGUAUUGGAAAAUUGGGAAGAACUCAAUAAAGAGUAUGCAGAGAAAGGGAAGAAGAUGCUUGAAGAAUGAU